GGGGAAGGGUUAGGAUAUCUAAAUCAGAACACAGGGGAAUAUGCUUAAGAAGCAUGACUGGAUGUCCAGAGGAGGAGAAGAUCUUCAGCAGGCUCUGUCAGAGAGAAGCUGUGUGAGAGAAGGUGCAGCACCCUAUGGCAGCCAAACCGAUUUCCUUCCUUUUUAUAUCUUUUGAAACUCUGGCAAAGAAACCUUUUUAAUCUCCCAGAGGAAAGGAAAACGAAGGAUUAAAGAAUUCCAGAUGGCUAAUGAAGCAAAACCGUGUCCAUGUGACAUUGGAGACAAAUUUGAAUAUGAAGGACAUGGGCAUGAAGUCUCUGUUGAGCACAUCAGGGCCUACAUCGACAAGCCCUCCCUCAGCACUGACAAAGCUGUGAUUGUGAUUCAUGACAUAUAUGGAUGGCAACUGCCAAACACCAGAUAUAUAGUUGAUAUGCUCGCAUCCCAUGGAUACAUAGCAAUUUGUCCAGACUUUUUUAAGGGACAAGAACCUUGGAAACCAUCUAAUGACUUCUCUGAAUUCAAUGACUGGCUAAAAACACGAGAUUCCAAGAAUAUUAACAAGGAAACAGCUGUUGUCUUGCAGUAUCUGAAGGAACAAUGUCAUGCGAAAAAGAUAGGUGUCAUUGGAUUUUGUUGGGGUGGAGCUGCAGUACACCAUCUGAUGUUGACAUAUUCUGCAUUUAAGACAGGCGUGUCCCUCUAUGGAGUUAUCCGUUUUACAGAAGAUAAUUGCAACCUGAUGAACCCCACAUUUUUCAUUUUUGCUGAGAAAGAUGAGUACAUUACUCUUGACCAGGUCACUGAACUGGAACAGAAGCUGAAGCAGCAAUGCAAAGUUGAUUAUGAAGUGAAAAUUUAUCCUGGACAAACCCAUGGUUUUGUACAUCGUAAAAGGGAAGAUAUUAACCCUCAAGAUAGACCUUACAUUGAAGAAGCAAGGAAGGACAUGCUGAAUUGGCUCAGUAGAUACAUUUAACUAUCUACAGAAUUCAUGAAAAGUACAUCGCAGAGAAAUUAAUUUUAAAAACAUGAUUUUAAAGUUUCUUUAAUGAAGAAUAGCAACAUUUAACAUAAAUAUAGCACAGACCAUUUCUCCACAGCACAGGCACAGGAAUAUCCUCUCUAACACACACAAAUUUACAGAUGCACACAGACAGACCCAGCUGCUGGUGGUGAUGGCAACAGCUCCUGAUUUUGCUGUGUUGUGCACCAUGGGCUUCAGCCAGUUCACCAUUCACUCAUUCUCUUUCCUAAGCAUCAAGAGUCUCAAGUUGACUUCACUCAGCUGGUGAGCCUAAGGGAAGAAGUAUCCUUGACUGUUUCUGCUGCCCUACCUAUCUCUAUGGAAGCCCAAGACGAGACACAUCUUGCCUGCUGUUUUGGCUCUUCCUAGUCUUCCUGAGUCACCAUCAUCACUGGUGCAAGCCAACAUUGAUUCCGCUAGUUAAGCAGGUUUCUUGAGCGGAGCUGGUGCCAUUGCCAACAACCAUGCUCAAAAUAUGGAGGGAGGGAGGGAGGGAGGGGGAGAGAGAGAGAGAGAGAGAGAGGGGCUGUGACAAGCGUUUGCAAGUUGCAGGUCCUGGCACAGAAUGUGCAACUUCAGGGCCUUCCUGACUCACAGUGUCCGAUACAUUAACCAUGAUCCACCCAUGAACAAAAACAACUGAAUCAACCAAAAGUUAACGAGCAGAAAAUUGGUUAGUAGUAGGAAAGUUGGCUUUUUUCUCUGCAACGUAGGAGCCAGAUGCCACCCAAAUGGCUGGGAAGAGAGACUGAUUGCUAAAGCAUUCUAAGAAUUGUAGCUCUGUGAGGAAGAUAGGGGUCUCCUAGCAAUUAUCAGCAUCCUUAACAAAUGAAAGUUCCCAGGAUUAUUUGAGAGAAGCCAUGACUAUUUAAAGUGGUCUGAUACUGCUUUAAAUGUAUAGUACAGAUAGGGCCUAGAAUUUAAAACCAGCACCUUAAAUUCAGCCUGAAAAUGAAUAUAGGAAGCCAGUGAAGAUGCUUGAGGAUCAGUGUUACAUGAUCCCUGCUAGCUGCCGCAGUCAGCAGUCUAGCAGCAGUAUUCUACACAAAUUGUGGUUUCCAAACUGUCUUUAAGGGCAACUCCACAUGCAUUACAAUACCUCAAAUCUAACGUUUUUAAAUCAUGCCAAUCAUUAUAUGCAUUUUUCUAGGAUUUCUAUGAUUUUUCUAAGCAGUAUCAAGACCUGUUGUGGGCAUGAAAGUGGAAGAUAGGAAAGGAACUAGAUUCAGGCAGAGCUAUAUCAAGAACUUCUUAAAUGUAAGAUCAAUUUAGCAACAUGACAGACAACAUGGGAAAGUUACAAAAUCCUCUACUGCCAAAUUAAUUAUAAGAGCCACUUUUCAUUUGUUAUGUGCCUUCAAGUCGACUACGACUUAGAGCGGCCCUAUGAAUCAGUGACCUCCAACAGCAUCUGUUGUGAACCACCCUGUUCAGAUCUUAUAAAUUCAUGUCUGUGGCUUCCUUUAUGGAACCAAUCCAUCUCGUUUAGCCUUCCUCUUUUUCUACUCCCUUGUUUUCCCCAGCAUUAUUGUCUUUUCUAGUGAAUCACGUCUUCUCAUUAUGUGUCCGAAGUAUGAUAACGUCAGUUUCAACAUUUUAGCUUCUAGUGACAGUUCUGGUUUGAAUUGUUCUAACACCCAAUUAUUUGGGGGUUUUUUUGCAGUCAGCAUGUUGGAAUCAAGGAGUUUUGGAGUGCGUUGUCAUCAGUAUGCUGAUGACACGCAGCUCUACUUCUCCUUUUCAUCUUCUUCAGGUGAGGCUGUCGAUUUGCUGAACCGUUGCCUGGCCGCGACAAUGGACUGGAUGAGAGCUAACAAACUGAAGCUCAAUCCAGACAAGACUGAGAUGCUGUUGGUGGACGGGUUCUCUGAUCGGAUGGUGGAUAUAUACCCUGUCCUGGACGGGGUUACACUCCCCCUAAAGGACCGGGUUCGUAGUCUGGGAGUCUUUUUAGACUCUUCCCUCUCACUUGAGGCUCAAGUAGCCUCGGUGGUUAGGAAUGCGUUUUACCAACUUCGGUUGGUAGCCCAGCUACGUCCCUAUUUGAGUAAAGAGGACCUUACAUCAGUGGUACAUGCUCUGGUAACCUCACGUUUGGAUUACUGUAAUGCGCUUUACGUAGGGCUACCUUUGAAGACAGUUCGGAAGCUACAACUAGUGCAAAAUGCGGCGGCCAGAUUGCUGACAAGGACCAAGCGGUCUGAGCAUAUAACACCUGUUCUGGCCAGCUUGCACUGGUUGCCAAUAUGUUUCCGGGCUAGAUUCAAAGUGUUGGUAUUAACCUAUAAAGCCUUAUAUGGUGCGGGACCACGAUACCUUGCAGAACGCCUCUUCCGAUAUGAACCGGCCCGUGCACUACGUUCUGCUACGAAGGCCCUCCUCCGGGUUCCAACUCACAGGGAGGCCCGGAGGGUGAUGACAAGAUCUAGGGCCUUCUCAGUGGUGGCCCCCGAACUAUGGAACAGUCUCCCCGAGGAAGUACGCCUGGCGCCGACUCUGCUCUCCUUCCGGUGCCAGGUCAAAACCUUCCUAUUCUCUGAAGCAUUUUAAGUUACACUGAUUUACUUUUAAAAAUGUUUAUUAUAUUGGAUUGUUGAUUGUAUUUUAGUAUUAUUUUGUUAUUCAUUGUAUUUUUAUGCUAUUUUAUGUUCACCGCCCAGAGAGCUAUUGCUAGUCGGGCGGUAUAUAAAUUUAAUAAAUAAAAUAAAUAAAUAAAGAAGUAGGA